GCCGCAGCCCUGCCUCCCUGCUCGCGCUGGCGGUGCCCUGCCUCCGGGCGCCGCGCGGUGGCUCUCAGGACCGCCCUCUCGGGCCGAGCAGCGCCGCCGCCGCGUGCCCAGCGAGCGCGCGCGCGGGGCGCCUGCGCGCGGGGAUGCCGCGGGGGCCGCUGGACGGGCACGAGCUCGGCACCGCGGUGGCCCUCCGCCUGGCGCGGGCUCGGCCGCGGCGCCGCCGCGGCUCCGAGCCCCAGGGCCGCCCGCCGCGGGCGGCCGCCGCGGAGGCGCCAGGUGCGCGCGUGCGGCUGGAGGUGCGGCUCCUCGGCGGGCCGGUGGCGCUGACCGUGCCCGCGGACUGGACGUUCUCGCAGGUGGCCGAACAGCUACAGGAAGACCAGGGCCUGGCGCACCCCCCGCGGCUCACUGCUGGCUGCAGGCUGCUCGACCCGCGCGAGCUCGUCGCCGCCGCGGGCGGCGCCGCGGCGCAGGUCGGCCCCGAGGUGGUCUUGGAGGCCUUCGUGGUGCGACCGAGGUGCGACCUCUCACGGUGGCCCGGGCGCGAGCUGCUCUGGCGGCAGCUCUUCCUCCGCAGGGCCUCGGCCCCCCACGGGUGCCUCUUCGCCGACGACGACGAGGUGGACCUCAUGCCCUUCGCCGUGGGGGAGGACCGGCUCCUGCUGGUGCCCACCGCGCACCGGCCGGUGCCGUCCGACGAGUUCUGGCUGCUCGGCGCCGCGGAGCCCAGCGCCGCGCACGACCCCCGGCCGGAGCCGCGGGCGCCCUUCCUGGGCCUGCGGCGCCUCGCGCUGCCCCUGCCGCCGGGCGCGGGGCCCGUGCGCGUGGCGGAGGCGUGCAGCGCCGAGGUGGCGGUGCUCGUCGGCGGCGGCGGGGGCGCCGCGCUGCUGCGGCGCUUCCGGCUGGCGGGCGCGGAGCUCCUGCUCGGGGGCGCGCGCCUCGAGGAGGUCGGCGCGCCGCGCGCGGUGGAGUGCUCGGAGGACGACGCCCGCGAGCAGGAGAAGACGCGGGCGUACGUGCUGGCCCACCUGCUCCACCCCGAGGCGCGCGGGCACUACCAGGCCCCGGCGCCCGCCGUCCGCCUGGAGACGCGCGCGCUGCCCCGCGGCGAGGAGCCCACGGGCGUCCGGCGGAACCUGCGCAGGAGG